AUGGCGGCGGAAGAACAUUCUCCUGAGAGCAGAGAAGCCUCUGCUUCUGCUUCAGCUUCUGUAAUAGUGAGUUCGAGGGUAGGAGAGAACGAUGGUCAACGCCUGAGGUUGGCAUCAAGUGACUCGCUUCUCCCCGGUCUAAUCGAUGACGUGGCUCUAAACUGUCUAGCUUGGGUUCCGAGAUCGGACUAUCCUUCGUUAUCUUGCGUAAGCAAGAAGUACAACAGCUUGAUCAACGGUGGGACUCUGUUUGGUCUGAGGAAGGAACUCGGUAUAGUUGAGUAUCUUGUCUUCAUGGUCUGUGACCCGAGAGGCUGGCUAGUGUUUUCUCCCAUGAAGAAGAAAUGGAUGGUGCUACCCAAAAUGCCCUGCGACGAGUGCUUCAACCACGCGGACAAAGAGUCUUUGGCUGUGGACGACGAGCUUCUUGUCUUCGGGAGGGAACUGCUUCAGUUCGCGAUCUGGAAAUACAGCGUGAGGUCUCGCCGCUGGCUCAAAUGCGAAGGCAUGCAUCGUCCUCGUUGCCUGUUCGCCUCGGGAAGCCUCGGAGGGAUCGCUAUUGUCGCCGGAGGGACAGAUAUGAACGGGAACAUACUAGCCUCUGCUGAGCUUUACGAUUCUUCUUCAGGGAGGUGGGAGAUGCUUCCGAACAUGCAUUCACCACGGAGGCUUUGCUCGGGGUUUUUCAUGGACGGGAAGUUCUAUGUGAUCGGAGGGAUGUCGAGUCCUAAUGAAUCGGUUACUUGCGGGGAGGAGUUUGAUCUGGAGACGAGGAAGUGGAGGAAGAUAGAAGGGAUGUAUCCGAAUGUGAACAGAGCAGCGCAGGCUCCUCCGCUUGUUGUGGUGGUGAACAACGAGCUCUUCACGCUGGAGUAUUUGACUAAUAUGGUGAAGAAGUAUGAUAAGAGGAAGAACAAGUGGGAAGUGAUGGGGAGGCUGCCUCCGAUGGUGGACUCGUCGAACGGUUGGGGACUGGCGUUUAAACCGUGCGGUGACCAGUUGUUGGUGUUUUGUGGGCAGAGAGGAGCUAAUGGAGAGGGCAUUGUUGUGAAUUCUUGGUGUCCGAAAUCGGGAGCUAAAGAUGGGAACUUGGAUUGGAAAGUGCUUGGAGUUAAGGAGAAUGUUGGUGUGUUUGUGUAUAACUGCGCAGUGAUGGGUUGUUAA